UGGAACGGGGGCAGCAGCAGCAGCAGCAGCAUGAGGUCACAGAACAAGAGGACGAGAAGAAGAAUGAGCAGCAGCAGGAGGAGGUACCACUGCUGCUCAACCCUACCGCACCUCAGACGACCAGCAAAGAGGAUGAAGAGAGUGAUAAAUACAAAAGAAAGAAGGAGGUUGAGGAGAAACUGAAGAUUUUGAAAGAAAAAAAGCAUGGUCUGGUGCAGGUGCUAAAACAGAUCCAAAAUGCAGAAGAAGAACUUAAGAGGCGAAGCAGUGGACAGGGCAUGGCGGUUUGCCCAUCUGUUCCACUUCAAGUAGACAUUCCAACUGAUACCGGGUCAAUGACUAGGCUUAACACUCCUAGAGUUGGCUCAGAUGGAACCCUUGGCGGUGAGGUGGACGGAGGGGAAAAUGAUGGCAUGUUGAACCAUAAUCCCGAUGCUCGCCAUUUGCUUCGUAUGAGCAGCAGCUCCCCUUCCCCUUCUUCAGAUUCUCAACCCAAGAAGCCUGCUUAUAAUGUGGUUCCGAACCCUGCAAGAGCCAGUUUAGGGGUCUCCAGUCCUUCACGCUUUGCGCCAACCGGUCAGCAGGGACUGACUUCAAACUUGCCAACCGUUUCGGUGUCAGGGACCAAUUAUGUUGCCUCCUCUCCCUCUCCUGCUGCAUCAGGCGGAACGUCAGUUUUUAGAGAGAGCAGGGUCCCAAGUCCGUGGAAUUAGAAGCAAUAUUUUGCUAAACUGGAGAGGUAUCGACAGCAUGAAGACAUUAUUUAGAAUAUGCGUCUUUAAUGUUCU